AUGAUGCCUUGGUGGAAACAUUGUUUACGAGCGGUUUUUAUUCUAAUUUUUUCUACAGGGAUAACUUCAAUUGGAAAUGGGGAGAAAGUGGCCUGUCGGGAUCUUCUUAUGGGACAGUAUCCUAUUUAAAACUAAAGCAAGAGUAAGCCUAUAUACUACCUAGUUUUGAAUAAUGCUGAAAAGCUUAUUUCGACUGGUAUGUCGGGGAAAAUAGGGAAGUCUGUUCGCUGUUCAUUCCUUGACGCUCUUAGAUAUUUUUGUCCUGAGCCUGUGAUUGAUUCUUCGACUCAGGCGGCUGUUGGCUGCACGAAGAAUCACACGGUCGAAGGUAAGAAUUAACGAGCUCUAAAUACACAAAGUUCUUACUAUCUUUUAAACUUGCACAUAAUCCUAUUCAUUUCCUUUCACCAUAGUGAAAUGCAGCACUGUUCCUAUCGAAAAAGAUGGUCGAAAUAUCACUGAAUGUAUUCAAAACGUAUCAUGCCUUUAUACGUAAGUCUUCCACAAGUGGAUCUUAUUUUUGAAUAAUACUAUGCUUUAAAACAAAAUUAUUCAUUGAAAAAUUUCGCUGUUUCACUUUCAGCAAUGACCACUCAUACGAAACCGCUCUUUUGUUAUCAGUCUUCCUUGGCAUGUUUGGAAUUGACAGAUUUUAUCUUGGAUAUCCUGCGAUAGGUUAGCUUUAGUUGUAGUUGAGUGAAAGUCAGCCUUUAAAAUGUAUUUCUUAUUAUAGAAAAGGACACGUUGGUGUAAUCUUAGUUGAUGACAAUAUUAUUUUUUUAAAUAUUUCAACAGGACUGUUAAAGUUUUGCACACUUGGUUUCUUCUUUGUAUUUCAUCUUGUAGAUGUUAUUUUGAUUGCAACACAGGUAAAUAAUAUGAGUGGCAGUUGAUAUUAAUUGCUAACUGUAAACAAUACAAUGCAAUUUACUUCUGUGAAAAAUAACAUUGCCUCUUGCCCACCCUCUCUUCCACACCCACUUUCUCCCAGGAGUGUAGAUAGGUAUUAGUGAACAGUUACAGAAACCUGAAACUGUCAGUGAAACCUGACAAAUCACUGCAGAAGGGGGGGAAGGGGGAAGGAUGGUAACUUUUAAUGGACUUGAAGCCCAUCUGGGGGAGUAGUCAAGCUCUUUGAUGUUAUAUUCUUAAGAAACUGGGAUAAUCUUCAGCAGAUGUCCAAGUCAAUUUCCCCUCAAAUUUACAAUGUAAGAGGCAUCUUAACAAAUGUUUUUGUGUUUUGUUGCAUAGGUUGUUGGCCCAGCUGAUGGUUCAGCAUAUAUUAUUGAUUACUAUGGCCCUCGCUUAGAUCACAUAUCUAGAAACUUGGAUACAUUUUACAAAACAGGAGGUUAAAAAAAAGCAAUAUGUCCUCCUUUGAUUUCUAACUGUAAAUAUAAAUGUAAAGUUCAGACCCUAUUAACAGAAAUGAAAUAAAAUGCGAGAUUGUAUUGUUUAUAUCAUAUAUGUGCACUUAUUAUAGGUUUGUUACAAACCCUUCUUUUAUGUCUUCAGUAUAUUCAUUUAUUUUGUAGUCACAGCUGUACAAAGUCAUAAUGUAAAUUGUAAUUUGCCAGUUUUGUAUGCUAUUUGUAAUAUAAUCUAAAUAAAGCAUUCACAUGUAACAGAUUACAC